GCCUGGCCUCUCGCAGAAGCCUGCCUCCAGCGUCAUCCGGGUCCCCCAGGGGCCGCUGCCCCCAGGAGGUGGCCAGGCUCGCCCUGUGCCCGAGCCAGUCGGGGCCUGGCAUUCCCAGGUUGCGGCGAGGGGGCAGGAAGGGCCACGCGCUGGUCAGUCUCCUCCCUGCCCCUCCCCCACGGGGCGCAGGGCUGGAGCCAGACCCCCAGCACAGGGGGGCGGUGGUCGCCGUGGACCCGUGGGAAGAGGUCCCGGACGAGACGUCCGCUCGUCCUCUGAACGCUGGUGGGAACCGGCGCGUGCAGUGA